AACGAAAAAGUACACACAAAGUAAACUGAAAUACCAAUCUUGUAAAGUACAACAGAGACACAAGUUAACACAUAUUCUAGUUAAAGAGUUUGGAGCAACCUUGCCGGUGACGUUUAAUGCUAUCUGCAGAUAUCUAUCAGGUUUACCAGCGAGUUAACGUUUCCAGGGAUAGCAGUUAAUCAUAGAUGAAGUUAAUGAUGUGUGUCUCCCCGAAGGCCAUUUAACCCAGUUUUAAGUCACUUGGAGGGGAAGACGUUGCCAACAGGAAGCUACAUAUUAAAUAUAUUGAAGAGUGCUGAGGAACUGUGUGUCAUACUGCAUGACGAACUACUAAGCCCUGUAUACACGCUGUACAGUAAAUUAAAGGAGCAGGGACCAACAGAAAUUAUCCAAAAUUAUCUUAAGUACUUGAUGACUGGUUUGGAAAACUUGGGGACAAUUUGGCGUCGCUGGAAGAGCAGAAAAUUCACGUCAGUGCCACAAAAAAAAUAUUGGCCGUUGACGCUUGUUACUCCAAAACUCAAUCCCUGUUAAAAGUUUUCCUCAGGAAAUGUAACAGUGAAAAGUUGUGUUAUUUAAGUCGAUUUUUUUUUCUCUCUCCUGUUUCCUCAGUGUGCUUUUUCCGGGGGUUUUCUCAGUUGGACGUGAAGUUUCCUGUGUUUGUCACACAGAAACAGAUAACUACUCGUCCGCGCCGCUUGUCAUGGAAAUCCGUUAUCUCUUCAGAUGAGUAACGGUGCGAAAAGACAGAUGAUUAAAAAUGGCCAAGGACUGUACCACAACUAGAAGUCUGGACGCUAUCGAUUUAUCGUCUUUGAGAGAUCCAGCAGGAAUAUUUGAGCUGGUUGAAGUUGUUGGAAAUGGAACCUAUGGCCAAGUUUUCAAGGGCCGCCAUGUUAAGACUGGACAACUGGCCGCAAUCAAGGUGAUGGAUGUCACAGAGGAAGAAGAGGAUGAAAUCAAAAUGGAGAUCAACAUGCUGAAGAAGUAUUCCCAUCACAGGAAUAUAGCCACGUAUUAUGGUGCUUUUAUAAAGAAAAAUUUUGAAGGACAGGAAGAUCAGCUGUGGCUGGUAAUGGAGUACUGUGGAGCAGGAUCUGUGACAGAUUUGGUAAAAAAAUCAAAAGGAAACAGCUUAAAAGAAGAAUGGAUAGCGUAUGUUUGUCGAGAGGUCCUUAGGGGAUUAUUGCAUCUCCAUUCUCAGCAUGUUAUCCAUAGAGAUAUUAAAGGACAGAAUGUUUUGCUCACUGAAAAUGCAGAGGUAAAGUUGGUCGAUUUUGGAGUAAGUGCCCAGUUGGAUAGAACUAUUGGAAGAAGAAAUACUUUCAUUGGCACACCGUACUGGAUGGCUCCUGAAGUUAUAGCGUGUGAUGAGAAUGCAGAUUCAACAUAUGAUUAUAGAAGUGACUUGUGGUCAUUAGGAAUCACAGCCAUGGAAAUGGCAGAAGGUGCUCCCCCACUGUGUGAUCUGCACCCUAUGAGGGCUCUUUUUCUUAUACCAAGAAACCCUCCUCCAAAACUGAAGUCAAAGAAAUGGUCAAAGAAGUUUAUCAACUUUGUGGAAUCGUGUCUUGUUAAAAAUUACAUUCAUCGUCCUUCAACUGAGACCUUACUGAAACAUUCUUUUAUAAAAGACAUACAAAAUGAACGGCAGGUACGGAAUAUGUUAAAAGAUCAUCUUGACAGGACCAGAAAGAAGAAAGGAGAAAAAGAUGAGACAGAAUAUGAAUACAGUGGGAGUGAAGAAGAAGAUGAUGAAAUGCAUGAAGAUGAAGGAGAACCAAGCUCAAUAGUUAAUCUUCCUGGUGAAUCAACUCUUCGUAGGGAGUUUCUAAGACUACAGCAAGAAAACAAAAACCGUUCGGAUUCCCAGCAAAGUUUAUCACAGUCACAACUUAAAGACCAAGAGAAAUAUAAAAAGCAGUUAUUAGCAGAACGUCAGAAGAGGAUUGAGCAAGAGAAGGAGCAGAGGCGAAGACUGGAGGAUCGUCAGAAACAAGAGCAGGAACUGAAAAGACAAAAUGAAUGUGUAUUCAGGUGUCCAGAGCAGAAGGAAAUGCAGAGUAAAGAAGAGAACAAAAAUGCUGAUCGUGAAAAACUGAGAGCAAUAGAGGGGCAGAAGGCAGAAAGGAAACGGUCAGAAGAGUCUACAAAACAGAAAACAGAUGGAAAAGGCAGAGCAACAGAAAUACUGAAGCAAGACCAGGUGCCAGAGGAACAGCACAGUAAGAAAUACCAUCGUACUCUGCCUAAGGAUCAGGCUCAACUGUUGUUGCUCCAGUAUGAUGUAAAAAAGAACGAAGGGAAGGAUCAGAAACGGCCAAGCUCAGCAUCAUCAUCGGCAGCAACACGUGGGUCGUCAAGCAGCGCAAGCAAAGAGACAGGCCGUAUUCCAAGCAGCAUUGAAGCCCAUUUUAGCACUUCCGUAUCAGGCAUGGCUUUAACCCCAUUUUCACCAUUGCAAGAUGAUGUCUUCUGGAAUGACAAACAAGCUGAUGAGAAUCCUCCAAAGGUUCCUGAAAGGACAACCUCUAAAUUUCAGAGCAGAGAAGGUCCAGGCCAUCAGAGAACUGCUUCAAGUGGUAUUGGUCAUCUGCCUUUCCAAUGGACAAAGCAAGAAGAGUCUCAGCGUUGUAGUACUCCUGUCUGUGCCCUGUCACCAUCUGGACAACAUCUAAGUAACCACUCUGCAGCUGGGACAUCACAAACUGAAAGCCCUUUACUCCAGCGCUAUUCUCAAUCAAGCCAGAAGAGUGAAGAUGGACACCCUGCUAUCCCAGUGGGUCAAGGAAAAGGAAAACCUUCUGUCUUCCCAAAAGUUACAGAAUAUUCCUCAUCCAGUGAAGAAAUAGGAAGCAGCGAUGAAGAUGAUCACAGCCACAGAAGGCAACCAUUGAGCAAUGGCAUGACAGAUCUCUCAAGGAGAAGAAUACCAUAUGGGAUAGAACUACAACCUCAAAGCAUUUUAAAUGAACAGAAGCAUGUAGGUGUGCCACUGAAUAACAGCCAUCAAGAACACUGGAACUUAAGCAACCAGAAUUACCUUCUCCCAGACCUUUUACAGCAAAGCAACCUCUCAGGCUCCUCACCCUGUCAGCAGUCAGAUGAGCAGAACAUCACCUCACCUUUGAACAAAGUUGGUCCUAGAAUGGUUUGCUCCCCAAUCUUGUCACCUGGAUUUUCCCCAGGAAAAAACAAUUCUUCUUCAACAUCAUCUUUUACGGCAUUUAUUGAUCCAAGACUUCUCCAAAUCUCACCUCCAAGCAGUCCAACUGCACAUAGUCAUCUUGGGAAUAUAAAAUGUGAACCUUUUCAGAGACGCAAUGCCAGGAAGGGUUCAGUCGUGAAUGUCAAUCCAACAAAUAUACGACCUCAGAGUGAUUCUCCAGAAAUCCGCAAAUAUAAAAAGAAAUUUAACUCAGAGGUCCUGUGUGCUGCCUUAUGGGGUGUGAACCUUCUGGUGGGCACUGAGAGUGGACUGUGGCUUUUGGACAGAAGUGGGCAAGGCAAAGUGUAUUCUCUGAUAAACAGAAGACGUUUUCAGCAGAUUGAUGUCCUGGAAGGAUUAAAUGUUUUAACCACCAUAUCAGGCAAGAAAAACAAAUUAAGGGUUUAUUAUCUGUCCUGGUUACGAAAUAAAAUUCUACGUAAUGAUCCAGAAGUAGAGAAACGACAAGGCUGGGUUUCGGUUGGAGAUAUUGAAGGAUGCGUGCACUACAAAGUUGUUAAAUAUGAGAGGAUAAAAUUUCUCGUCAUUGCACUAAAGAACUCCGUUGAAGUGUAUGCCUGGGCCCCAAAACCUUACCACAAGUUCAUGGCAUUCAAGUCCUUUACGUCAGUUUCGCAGAAGCCUCUUUUUGUUGACUUAACAGUGGAAAAUGGGCAGAGACUGAAAGUCAUCUAUGGAUCAGUUGCAGGGUUCCAUGCCAUCGAUGUUGAUUCUGGAACAGUAUAUGAUCUGUAUUUGCCAACCCAUAUCCCGGGGAAUAUUCGCCCGCAUGCGGUGAUCAUUCUUCCAAAUACUAAUGGGACGGAGCUUUUACUGUGCUAUGAAGAUGAAGGCGUCUAUAUAGACACAUAUGGACGAUUUACAAAGGAAACAGUGUUGCAGUGGGGGGAAAUGCCAGCCUCUGUUGCUUCUCUGCAGUCAAACCAAGUGAUGGGCUGGGGAGAGAAGGCAAUUGAGCUGCGAUCCGUGGAUACAGGGAAUCUGGAGGGUGUUUUUAUGCACAAGAGAGAUCAAAAGCUCAAAUUCCUCUGUGAAAGAAAUGAUAAGGUGUUCUUUGCUGCUAUACAGUCGGGUGGAAGCAGUCAGAUUUAUUUCAUGACUCUUGGACAGAACUGCCUGUUUAACUGGUGAAGAAUCUGCAGUGUUGACAAGAUUGGCAAAAGCCACAGUGGAAAUUGUAGCAAAGGAAGCAUAAUUUCCCUGAAGAGAUGCAAAUAUGAUCAAUAGUUCAACAUCUCUACCUGCUAAGCAAUGUUAGCCCAGCAAGCUGUAUGCAGUCAUUACUGGAAAAUCCUUGAAUUUGUCUUUAUUCAAACUAUGUCAGGUAACCACAGAUACGUUAUGCAGCACUUGUCAGAAUCAUAGUGCAUCUGUUUUUGUGGUUUGCUUGAGAAUAUAUAAUGUAGCAUAUAAUGAUUUAGUGAAAAUGCUAAAUCUUGUGAAUACUAUUUGCACUCCUACAGAUGUACAGACAUGGUUUUUGCACAUAUAUUGAUUUUGCAGUUUUAUACUGUAAUCCACAGUUGGCAUAUGAAAGUUUAGAGAAUACAUUUCAAAAUAUAUUGUUAAAAUGAUUGUGUAUUAAAUGUAUAUAAAGUAUUUUAAAACAGCUUUGAUGUUUUUAAGAGGGUAUGCAAAGUAAAAUAUAUAUGAAAUUCUUAAUUUCUUUAAAUCAU